GUCACGUGUGAGGGCAUGCGAACUCUGUCGUUAAGUUACACUGCAGAACAUUGUACAAUACAUCAACGUCAAGGGACGGAAUAAGGUAUAUGGGGUUCUUCAAUUAUAAUGGCUGAUGAAGAGCAUCAGAAACUUUCCACCUUUGUGAAGAGAGUGCAUCAGAUGCUGAGGUAUGAGGCUCAUAGAGUUGGGGCUGACAAAGCUUGGAAAGAACACUGCAACAAAAGUGACAUUUUGCAAGAGUAUGCAAUCUCAAUGCACAAAUUGGCUUCUGUGUUCUGGGAGAAAAAUGCAACAGACAGAAAUAAAAGUGUUCAGUGCCGAAUAAAAUGGGUGAUUGAAAAAUGUGUCCUGUACUUUUUUGAAGGAGAAAAGGAGAUAAGGAGGACCAAAGAAAAGGAUAAAAUACAAAAAUUUGGAAAUGCUACAGAAAAGUGUACAAGAGCAUUUGCUAAAUAUGCCAGGGUUACAGCAAGUAAAGAAACAUUAACUGAAGCUGAAUUCCUCACCCUGUUGGAUGUUGGUAGUUGUUACAAUCCCUUCAGAGCAUGUCCUUUCUUAUAUGUUAUUCCUAUUGAUAUUGCUCCAGCAGAACCUGAUGUAUAUAUGUGUGAUUUUCUGAACUUGGCUGUUGUUAAACCUGAACAACCAAUAAUUCUGGAUGGCAGGACCAUUAGAGAACUUCCAUCAGCUGUGUGUGAUAUUGUUGUUUUUUCUUUGCUGCUGGAAUAUUUUCCCUGUCCAAAACAGAGAUAUUUGUGUGUUUGUAAAGCAUACGAUCUGUUGAAACCAGAAGGUCUUUUGUUCAUAAUCACCCCAGAUUCAAAACAUUCAUCAGCAAAUGCUCCAAUAAUGAAAAACUGGAGAAUCACAUUGGCACAGUUGGGAUUUUCACGAGUUUACUAUGAAAAGUUACCCCACAUUCAUUGCAUGGCAUAUCGUAAAGAUAUAAAUCCCGAACUUUCAAAACAAUGGUCAUCUUUUCAAUUACAUAAAAAAAAUGAUACACAAAUCAGUGCAGACUUACACAUUCCUCAAGAUUUUCAGGAAAUCCAUGAUAAAUGUGAUGAUAUUGCAGACACAAAGGUUGAAAGAACCAACCAAGAGGAUGAAGCACUAGUUCAGAUGUUCUUACAGCUUCCAUAUGACUAAAUAAUGAUGAUUAGGGUUAUUAUCAUAUUCAAGCUUCAACAGAUUGUAGUGUAAUCACCUUCUUUGGCACUAAAUUUAAUAUAAACAUUUUAAGAGAACUAACCAUUAUUCACAUGAUUUUCUCAAGGAAAGAAUAUGGCUGUGAAAAUGUCAGAGUUAUCCUGUGCAACUGUUAUGGUGCUUUCCCUGACACAUGUAUUAUAUUUAUGAAUUUACUAACAUUGAAAUUUUUUAGCAACCAUAAGCUGGGUUUGGUGGUUAUUUAUCACUGUUUUGCGCUGAUAAUAAAAUUACCUUUAUGUACAUGUCUUCCCAGAGCAGGUUACUUAGUGGAUCAAAAAACCAGGUUUUAUACUCCAAUGGUGCACUGCCAUGUUCACAAAAGCUUGUUAUGUACCAUAUAUUGAGCAGUUUCAUCAGUUCAUAUAUGUACAACUUAUUUUUCUAAAGGUGCAGUCUGUCCUACUUAGAUCCCACUGCAUUUGUAUGUAAUGCUGUAUGCACAGGGGCAGUUCAUUUGGUGCAUUCAUCUGUAGUGAUCUUGUGGUACUGGUCUACAGAAUUAUGCAAGUUGCAUAGCAAGCCACAUCAGAACUUACACACAGUUUUGCUGCCUUACUCAUGUACUUCAUUUUUGUACAUUUGUGAUGUUCUUGCGCAUUUCACAUAACGACCCACAUAUCAUAUUUUGUAGAAUAUAAUUGUCAGUAGAAACAUUUAUUUUAAACAUACACUUUUAAUGAUGUCCAAAAGAAGAUUCUAAUAUAGGAACAUGCAGAUGCUGAUUAUGUUACUUUAAUAAUACAAAAUAUAAUUACCACAAGAUAGAAACUGUUUUACAUUCCAUUAAAGAUACAAAAUAAUCUGAAUGCAAAUCCAUGAUACUUCAAUGAAAAGUUGCUAGCAACUGUUUGACAAUGUGUGAAAAUUCAAGCUGGAUAAAAGAAAAGCCAGCUAUCUUAAACUCUUAUCAUAAUCAUGGUUGUAUAAUUUAUUUAAGAAAACAAUAAACCUGCCAGUGUUUGUCACAA